UUUUUGAAUUUGUAAAUAAUUUAUAUUCAGAAACAAGAAAAAAUAAUACUCGAAACUUAAAUUGGUUAAAAUCAAUGUGUUUAUUGAAAAUAUUAAAUAUCUUAAAUAUUUUUUAACAAUUCUUUUCUAUUAAAUCUUUGAAGAGAAAACAUAAGUUAAAUUAUUACAAAAAACAAUUGUUCCCUGUGAUAUCUUCAUUUCUUAUCGAUAAAUUGUGAAACAACUAGUAGAUUUUAUAAAAGUUUUAAAAUGAGACGACGUGUUGGAAUUAAUGCUGUUCAUAAACAAAAAUUAGAACAAGAAAAAUACAAAGAUAAAGGGACAGUUAUCCAAGAAAAUCAAUUAGAACAGAUGACCAAGCAAUUAGAGGUGUUUAGAAGUAAUCUUGAAGAAUUCGCUUCUAAAUACAAAAAUGAAAUUAAAAAAAACUCAUUAUUCAGAAGACAAUUUCAAGAAAUGUGUGCUUCAAUUGGAGUUGAUCCAUUGGCUUCAGGUAAAGGAUUUUGGUCAGUCCUUGGUAUUGGUGAUUUUUACUAUGAAUUAGCUAUACAAAUUGUAGAAGUUUGCAUAGCAACUAGCUAUAAAAAUGGAGGCAUCAUAUUGUUAGAUGAGCUUAGAGAACGUUUGGUAAAAGCACGUGGUCGAAAUCGGCAACAUCAAGAAAUAACUAUUGACGAUUUAUUAUGUGCAACAAAAAAAUUAAAAAUUUUUGGAAACGGAUUUAGUGUUAUACCUAUUAGUCAAGGACAAUACAUGGUUCAGUCUGUACCCGGAGAACUAAGUAUGGAUCAAACAACUGUGCUAACACUAUUAUCAUCAUCUACUCAACCAUUCAUUUCCUUAAAUUCAUUACAAGAAAAUUUAAAAUGGGAAGAAAGAAGAGCAUCCAAUACAAUUGAACAAAUGGUAACUGAAGGCUUAUGUUGGGUUGAUAAUCAAAAUAGUGAAGAAUUUUUGUAUUGGUUCCCAAAAAUUGAAUCCUAUAAAAUUAAAGGAAGUUAAUAUCAUAAAAUGAUGUAAAAAAUUACUUUUAAAUAUGCCAUUGUAAGAAGAGGCAA